UGCGGCGGCGCGGGCGGGCGGAGCAGCCAUGUUGGAGCGGGGAAUAAAGUGACUUUCCUCGGGGCGGCGGCAGCGAGGGGAGGGGGCGCUCGGCUCCCGGCGGCGGCGGAGAAGGAGGGGAAGGAGAAGGGGGAGAGGAACCGCCCCCGGCCCCGCGGAGCCCCGGCGCUGCUGGCUUCCUUAAGCCAGCCUUAAUAUUGAUAUAAUGAAAAAAUUUAAGAGGAGACUUUCGUUAACCUUGCGUGGAAGCCAGACCAUUGAUGAAUCACUGUCUGAGCUAGCAGAACAAAUGACAAUUGAAGAAAACAGCAGCAAAGAUAACGAGCCCAUUGUGAAGAAUGGGAGGCCUCCAACGUCUCACAGUAUGCACUCAUUUCUCCACCAGUACACAGGAUCUUUCAAGAAGCCCCCUUUACGGAGACCACAUAGCGUCAUAGGGGGCAGCCUCGGCUCUUUCAUGGCAAUGCCUAGAAAUGGGAGCAGAUUAGAUAUUGUUCAUGAAAAUCUGAAAAUGGGGUCAGAUGGGGAAAGUGACCAAGCUUCUGGAACAUCAUCUGAUGAAGUUCAGUCUCCCACAGGUGUUUGUCUCAGAAACCGGAUACACAGGCGAAUCUCUAUGGAGGAUCUGAACAAGCGUUUGUCACUGCCUGCUGACAUCAGGAUACCUGAUGGCUAUCUUGAAAAGUUGCAGAUUAACAGCCCGCCAUUUGAUCAGCCAAUGAGUCGACGCUCUCGUAGAGCAUCACUAUCAGAAAUUGGAUUUGGAAAAAUGGAAACCUAUAUCAAGUUAGAAAAGCUUGGAGAGGGUACUUAUGCAACAGUUUAUAAGGGAAGAAGUAAAUUGACAGAGAACCUGGUAGCUCUGAAAGAAAUUCGUCUGGAACAUGAAGAGGGAGCACCGUGCACAGCCAUAAGAGAAGUGUCAUUAUUGAAAGAUCUGAAACAUGCAAAUAUUGUUACAUUACAUGAUAUAGUGCACACGGACAAGUCUUUGACUCUUGUUUUUGAAUAUCUGGACAAGGACCUGAAGCAGUAUAUGGAUGACUGUGGAAACAUCAUGAGUAUGCACAAUGUAAAACUAUUUUUAUACCAGAUUCUUCGUGGUUUGGCAUACUGUCAUAGGAGAAAGGUGUUACAUCGAGAUCUGAAGCCACAAAAUCUACUAAUUAAUGAGAAAGGAGAAUUGAAGCUAGCAGACUUUGGGUUGGCUAGGGCGAAGUCUGUUCCUACAAAGACCUAUUCCAAUGAAGUUGUCACGUUAUGGUACAGACCACCUGAUGUUCUCCUGGGAUCCUCGGAAUAUUCAACUCAAAUUGACAUGUGGGGUGUUGGAUGCAUAUUUUUUGAAAUGGCGUCAGGAAGGCCUCUUUUUCCUGGUUCGACUGUUGAAGAUGAACUGCACUUAAUUUUCAGACUUCUGGGAACUCCAUGUCAAGAAACAUGGCCAGGCAUUUCUUCCAGUGAUGAAUUUAGAAACUACAACUUUCCAAAAUACAAACCACAACCCCUAAUCAAUCAUGCACCAAGGUGUUUCAAUAUUCAGUCUAAAAGAGAUUCAGUUGCAAAAAGACCCUGGCUUUCGAAAUUCCACUUACCCAGAGACAGGACAUGGGAAGAACAGAAGGCAGAGCAUGCUUUUUUAAAGCAGGCAAUGCAGAGUCAAGCCCAAGCCUAUCCUGUCAGUCAAGGACUUGGAUCUGAAGGCAGUUCUCUCUUUUGGUGGACUUGGAAUCGCAGUUUGUCUACACUGUCCUCUUCACAGUGGAGUCUUUUUAUUUCCAACCUGCAGAUUAUGUUUUUAUAUUUGUUGUCACAGUGUGACAAUUUUUUGUACAGUUGGUUUUAAGGUCUCCUCUGCCACUAGAGCCAGUAGGUUACAGCUGUUGAUGUAACUGUAGCUGCAAUUUUUGUGCAGGACUGAGAAACACAGUGCAUUAUUUAUUGCGGAAUCAUUGCUGCUAAAUAACUACUGUCUGUAUAGUUAACACAACAGUUCCAUGCCUGAAGAAGUUGCAAUGGCUUUAUGAUAUGUGAAUGCAUCUGUUUCUCUUCAUAAAAUGUUCUACUGCUGCGGGGUUUUUUGUAUUUCUUAAACUGCAGUGUUUCCUGGAAUGUAAACAUAGCUUUGCUUGGCUAUAGGUGAACCAUCUUUAACGCUCUAAGUUCAUGGCACUUAAUUCCUUAUUUAACAUUGGAAGUAUGUGUUAAAAUAGUUGAAAAAAUAUAAACGCAUAUUAUGUUUUUGAAAAGCACAUGGUGUGAAAGUUGAUUCAAACAAGUGAACAAUUAACUAUUAUUUGCUCUCAGAUCCUAUAUUAGUUGCUGAGAAAUCACAGCAUGGAGACUGGAUGAUAAAUUGUAUCAGGGUUGCUCCAGUAUACAAUAUUUGCACAUUAUUGUGCAUAUAGGGCCUGCAGAAGCAAUGACUUUUUUACCCUUUUUUUUAAACUUAGAAAUACAGUUAGUAAAAAGAUAAUUCGUACGCAUUAUAUCCUGGUUUACUUUUGAAAUUUAGAAUCUUUUCAUUACAGAAGAACAGGAUAACUGGCGACAAUAAUAUGGGAAUAAUGUCACUUUUUCCCAUCUUGUUGCCCUACUAUUUCUACAUUUUUCACUUGAAAUCAACUGGAAAGAUGCAAGUUUGUACUUGAUAAUAACUCACUAUACUACAGAACUUUUAAAAUGGGAACUUAGAGAGUUUUUCAGAUCUUAGAUGUUAUCUGUUUACCAGAGAUAGUAAACAUGUUACUACUAUGCUUAUGCAUCUCAGUGAGUAUCAUAAGUACACCCUUGGUGAUGGUUACAGUAUUUUUAAGCAUUUGUGUUCACCUUUAUGAACUUAUUUGUUUAGUGCAUCUUAAAGAGACUGUAAAUCUUUAUUGGUAUAUUUUGAAAUGGUCAUGUAAAUCUUUGGCUGGUAUAUCAUGAAAAUAGUCAUAGGUAACUUAAUUUUUUCCUGACAUUCACUGUAAAACAUUCAGGGGUCCUACCAUUUCUGUUCAGGAAAUCUUGUAGUUUAUUGUUAUUUAACAGUAUUAAGUGAAUUUUUGUAUAUUUCAUUUUAACUUUAUUUGUGAAUAGUGAUUGUGGCAUGUUUGGGGGUGUUUUAUUAAUAUUUCAUUGAUACUGGUAAAUUUGAAUUGGGACUUUUUUAUUUUCUGGAAGAGGGAAAUUCAUGUGUAAUGGUGACUAUCGGACCACUACUGCUUUUCAGCAUUUGUAAACCGGUUUUACGUUAAAUCUUGUAGACCUAACAAACUGCUGUUAUUUCUAACUGACCGACCUGUAUUAAUAUUGUACUUUUGAAAGUAUAAAUAUUAUGUGGAAUUCCUUGGUUUUGUUUGGAAGUUUAUAAUAACAAAGGCGCUGUGUUGUUAAAAAUACAGACUUAGGGAACUUGCAGUUCUUGGGGCAUUGUUGGCACCUCUUUGCGAGAUCUGCGCGUUUGGGGAGUCACCGGUUUGAAACUCAGCAGCUUCUUAGUUCGUGCAACACAGCAGAGGUAGAGGCAGUAGAAGUAGUGUGACUCGUCUGCACCGGAGGCCGUUCUUGCCAUAAACACGGUCUAGAGUUUGCUUUUUAGCAGUCAAGUCCUGCAUGUCACAUGGUAUCAGACGUUUUGCCUAGUCUAGAAGCGUAGUCUGCGUCUCGGAUACUUGCGUGGAUCUCCUGCCGAUACCAGCAGGAGUUUUAGCUGCGUGUCAAAGGCAGAUUUGAUGCUGAAGAAAAACCUUUGUCCUGAAAUAGUUGUUAUAUAUUUUUGUAUAGUUGAUAUGGAUCUGAUCUAGAUUUUAUACUGAUUAACUUUGUAGGGAAUAUGUCAUAGAUGUGGUAAGUGUUGAAGAAGCAAGUAUCAGAGAAACAUCUGCUUUUUUUACAAAAGUAGUGAAGAUGCAGAGUAAAUGUUCACUGUGGAUAAAUGUGGGAUUUAGCAUUUCUAGAACAGUAACAUUUCAUAGGGCAUAAAAGAAAAAGGAAUAAUGUGAUAUUGAUGAGUAAAGGACUUUAACUGGUAAAAUGGAGUGCAGUAACCAACUUAGAUGAGGAUCAGCUGCAGCUAAGAAAAGGAGUUUUAAGUAGAAAUUCAGCUUUUUUGUUACAGAUAAAAAGAUCUUCCAUAAAAUUGCAGCAGUCGCUCUGAAUAUAAGGUGAUUUUUCUCAGAACCUACAAGUGAAUCGGUUUACUUUGUUAGGAGAUAACUUUAAAGAAUGUGUUUUUUUAAGAAACUUGGCAUCUGUGAUCGGGUCAGUUUUAAUGUUUUUGUUGUCCAUAAUUGAAAUUUCUGCAUCAGCAGAGACAGCUCGGCGACCGCUGCCAGUUUGGGGCAGCGGUCGGUAAGCCUGAAGUCACUGGGCAUUUCUCUGGCAUCAUUUUUUUUCCCCGGUCUGACAGCGUCAAGCGCCCCAGACUUGGUUUCGCUGUCACUGAGAAUUGUAGGGAGUGCUGGAGAAAACCUCAGCCGCAACGUACGUCUGGCUGGAAACCAACCACUAAAAAUGGAUGGAGUUGCGAGACUGGUGUGACGGCCGCUGCUUAAAGAUGAGCGAUGGGUGAGCGAGCGAGGGCCUGCAGCGUGUCGCUCGUUGAAGCUAGCUGGUGCAUCCCACCAAGCCAGCGGCGGGAAGGCUGUAGCGGUGCGUGCAGUUGCGUGGAGGAGAAGGUGGGGUUGAAGAGAGGAAAGAAGCAUGUGGUGAGGAGGUGGCGCGAAGGCUGCAGGGCAGCGCGGGUGGCCGGACGGGGAUUCGCAGGCCGGGGGAGAGCGAAGAGGACAGACGAGCUGCUCAGCAGCGCUUCAGCGAAACAUGUGUCUCGCCACAGCUGUGUUGUUUUGUGCUGCUUUGCCACAGCGUUAAGUAGCCAAAGUGUACCCCUGAAUUGGGCGAUCGAAGUUAAAAUAAACAAAAAAUGAAGAAUUGACAUACUUUGUAUCUGCAAAUCAUUUGAAAAGAUUGCCAGGUAGCAUUCUUUGAGCUCCUUGCUUGUUGUUUGUGCAUGAGUUUUUCAGUUUAAUAAAAUAUAUUGUUUCUGUUUGGCACUGUUGAGAUGGAAUUAAAGUUAAGAAUACAGUCGGUUAUUGAGGACAAAAUAUAUGAAAGGUAUGUUGUAAAUAUCCACAAGCUAAGUAUUAAAAAUCCAGGAAAUACCUAGAAUUAAGGUCAGACUUAUAAGAAAUCCAAACAAAUUAGGGUAUGGAAGUGUUCAGGUGUAGUCUAAAGUGACAUGUUGAAGAAGAAUUAGAAUUUACUGUAGUUGAACAACAUAAUGUCAGUGAAGGGCAGAGUUAAAAUCAUCCAUGCACCUUGGUAGCACAUGGCACCUUUUCUUCUCUUAGUAGCGCUCGUCUUCUAAACAAAUGCAACAUCUCCUUAAAGUUACCUAAUUUUUGAUAGGAACUUUCAUACUUACAUUUUUACAGAUUCUGUCUUUUAUUCAGAGGCUGGGCUGUUGCAGAUUUAAUGCUGCAUAGGCACGUACGUGGGUCAGCGCUUGCGUCUCAGCAUCUAUGUUAGACCAGUUCAAGAGAUCGACGAAACAACAUUGCUUUUAAAAAAUAAUGGAAGCACCCUGCAAGUAUUGUAAUGGCUAACCAAUACAUUGUAAAGCUGACUGUACAGGUGGGAUUAUUUUGAAGAGCAGAAUUGCCAAGUAAAUAUGUGGGCUUUGUAAUUCAUACCAGGUAGCACUUUCACCUGCAGAGUUUAGUUGACUGAGGAAUCAAACUCUUGUUCUAGGCCACAGUGGAAGUUCUUGUUGUCAGAAGUGGGAUUAGAGUUUGGCUGUUCUAGAUUGUGUCCUCAAGUGUGUGUGUGUGUGAAAAGACUGUACUGCCUCUCUCUUGUUAACUGAGAUAAAAGAUUGAUGUCAGUGGAAAAAUAUAUACAUUAAAAUUUUCCAUGGUUUUCA